AUGACCUCGAAACAAGGAAGAGGAGGAAAGAAACCUCAGCCGGAAAGGAGCCCUCAGCCUCGAUCUAAGCAAUCAGGAGCAUUUCGUCUGAAUCAAAUCCGCAAGGCCUAUGCGCACAAGACGGAUACCGGGCCGUCUGGCAAAUUCACACCUGACAUUAAGAAGCGUUCGAUCAUCCUUGCAAGCGAAAACCUUCUGAUCCUGUUCUGCGUGACAGAGGGCUUUGCUUUCAAGACCAAUACAGAGAUCUAUUACGAGCCAAAGAAGGGCUACUUUCUUUCUUGCUACUGCCUUCCUCAGGGCUACUACGGCAAUCCGAUCAAUCCCAACAACAACGUCCCCUGCACGCGCUCACGUCGUCCAAUGCCUGGAAACAGCACGUCGUCCAAUGCCUGGAAACAGCGGUUGAACACGUCGUCCGUCGGCAGCACCUACUGCGUCUGCAACAAGAGCUACGCACCUUACGAACUGCGGCCUGAUUCGAAUCCGGAAGGGCUGCCGGUCGUCUACACCGGGCCGGAUACGUCCGAAGUUCGAUGCACGAUCGUUGGAAGCGGGACUGGAAGAUAUUAUUCCUGCGACCUUGCCUGCGUUUACACCCGCGGUUCUUGCGAACAAACAUCGAGGAAAUGCCUAGGAGAGUCAUGGAGAUGA